GACCCUUUAUUCCCUGGUCUGCUCAGCCUCAGGUCACUCUCUUGAAUGCUGGCCUCAUUCCCUUCCCAGCGUGGUGACCCUGGGCGAGUCUCCGGCCCCCUUGGCCUAGCCCUGACCCCUCUGAGCCCAGCGGAGGCCUCCAAAACAAUGACAGAUAGACAGAAGCCGGCAGGAAGGGCUGCUUUUACCCAGUAGGUCCCCGGGAAUCGUCAUGUGGAUUGCCCUGUCUAUGUCUGGCAAGGUUUUGGCCCUCUGGUUGGCCCCCUCCAUCGGGUCUGACUCCUGGAAGAGGCUGAGCAGAUUGGGGCGUGGAGGCCUGAUUUCCUGGACUCUGUGGGGAAACCGUGGCCCGGAUGGAGGGUGUGUGGAGAGAACCCUUGGGGUUCCCGAGGGACGAAGGCCGUGCUGGCCGCCUCCCUUCCCCUGGUGCCAUGGAAAGACCAAGAUAGCAGCGGCAGGGCUUCCUCAGCCCCCCACUCUGAUCACAGGCGGGAGGAGUGGACGGAGGCUCUCAGACUGGCCUGCUCCUCCCUUCUCCCCCACCACCCCCACAGCUGCUGUCUCCCCCACACAGGCUGGGAAGGAGGGCAGGGCGGGCAGGGAGGAGGAGUUGGGGACGAUGGGAUCCCAGAGCCCCGCGGUGCCAGGCGGCCGAGGAGGAAGCACCGGCGCCGCUCAGCCUCCCGGAAACCUUGUCCUUGAGGACCCCUCUUCGGGCAUGUUGGGGACCCUCAGAUUUUGGAUGUUUCUUCCCACAGCUGUGCAGGGUCACCGGAUGUGUGUCUUCUUUGAGGGCCCCGGCGUCCAGGGCAGUACCAGGGCCCUGGGGGAGCUGCUCGAGGCAGGGCCGGGGCCCCCCAGGAGCAUCCGCUGCCUCUUCAGUCUCUGUUGCUUUGGGAUCUGGAACCUGACGCAGGAUGGGGCUCAGCUGGAGAUGCAGGGCUGCCGAGACAGUGACGAGCCGGGCUGCGAAUCCCCCCGAUGUGAGCCGGCCCGCCGUGCCCACCCCAGCCCUGGCUCUACUCUCCUCACCUGCUCCUGUGGCACUGACUUCUGCAAUGCCAAUUACAGCCACCUGCCACCUCCCGGGGCCUCCAGGCCCCCCGACUCUCGGGGUCCCCAGCCUCCGCCUGGGGACUCCUUUCUGGUGGCCGUGUCUCUGCUGGGGACCGUUCUCCUUCUUAUGCUGAGCGGAGGCAUCUUGGCCCUUCGACAAUGGAAGGCAUUUAGGGCCUCGGGAGGCCAGCCACUAGAACCCGAGCCAGGCAGCGGUUGGAGCCAGGAGUUGCCGGAGCUGCAGGAGUUGUGCUUCUCUCAGGUCCUGCAAGAGGGAGGCCACACAGUGGUAUGGGCAGGACUCCUACAGGGGGAGCCGGUGGCCAUCAAGGCCUUCCCCCCUUGGGCGGCACCCCAGUUCCAGGCAGAGAAGGCACUCUAUGAGCUAUCAGGCCUGCAGCACGACAACAUAGUCCGAUUCAUUGCUGCUGGCAAAGGAGGCCCUGGCCCCGUGCCCCCUGGGCCCCUGCUGGUGCUUCAGCUGUACCCCAAGGGCUCCCUGCGCCACUUCUUGGCCCAGCAUACCUGCGACUGGGGCCGCUCUCUCAAGUUGGCACUGUCUCUGACCAGGGGCCUGGCGUUCCUUCAUGAGGAAUCCUGGAGGGACGGCCACUACAAACCGGGCAUUGCCCACAGGGACCUCGGGAGCCACAACGUGCUUGUUCGGGAUGAUGGCUCCUGCGCCAUCGGAGACCUGGGCCUCGCCUUGGCUCUGCCCGGCCUCACUCAGCCCCCUGCCUGGCUCCCUGCUCAGCCCCGGGGCCCAGCCACCAUCAUGGAGGCUGGAACUCAGCGGUACACGGCCCCGGAGAUCCUGGACAAGACUCUGGACCUUCAGGACUGGGGGAUGGCCCUGCGCAGGGCUGACAUCUACUCUCUGUCCUUGCUCUUGUGGGAGACGUUGAGUCGCUGCCCUGACCUGUGGCCUGACCACAGGCCCCCGCCAUUCCAGCUAGCUUAUGAGGCAGAGCUGGGCAGUAGCCCCACCACCUGCGAGCUCUGGGCCCUGGCAGUGGCAGAGAGAAGGCGGCCCCGCAUUCCCCCAAGCUGGUACCGUGCCACCAUGGACCCCGGCGGGUUGCCAGAGCUGCUGGAAGACUGCUGGGAUUCUGAUCCAGAAGCUCGCCUCACUGCCCACUGUGUACAGCUUCGAUUAGCCAGGCUGAGCCCCCCUGAGUCUGGGGAGGCCUCCCCCGACAUCCUUCCUUCUCUGGGUCCCCAAGCCUGCUCUGCCAACCCCGGGGGAGCAGCCCCGCCGCCCUGGCACGGGCCCCCUUCCGACCCUCGCUGAGUGGAUUCCGCUUUCUGGUGAUUCCUUCCUGUGCCCCUUUCCAAGUAUUGAUGUACCAUGUACGCCGGUUACCCGAACCCUACAGACACUUGUAGAGAAAGGUCUCCGUGGGGUGACCGGCUUCCUCUCUAGCUUCCUAAGUCCCAGGGAAGGCUCUGGAAGUCGAGAUCUGGAGGGGGGAGGAGGGGAUGGCUGGGGAUGAGGAGGGGCCAAAAAGGGGCCCAGAAGAACCGGAAACAGGGCAGCAGAUUCUCCAACUCAAGGAAAGACGCAUUGCUCAGCUCUGAUGCUUUUGGACCUUUUAGACACGUUUCCUCUACUUUUUGUCUUAGCUGGGCAGAGAGGCAAUGUUGGCCAGGGUCUCACCACUGAGGACUUCCCAUCUCCAGGCUUGGCUCACCAACCAGCUGCCCCUUACCCACUUUCUCUUGAUGUCUCUCUCUUGCUUUGUCCUCUCUGGCCUGAGCUCAGCUAGAUUUUGUCUGCCUGCUCUCCCCCUUCAGCCUGGCUGGACUGGGCUCCAUGAAGGAGGGGAGGCGAAGGCUGGGACGGCCCAUACACGUCCCCAUUGACUAUCCAUGAGUUGGAACAUUCUUAUUCUUACUAUAAAAUGAUGCUUUACAAUUUUG